GUGACGUAAUAGCAGAGAAGGGCUAGGGAGCGGUUGCCGAGCAGGGGCUCUACCGCGGGCGGGCAGCUGUGCCAGCUAACCGUCUGGGAUCUCGCACUGGGGGCUGCAGCUUUUCCCCGCCUCGAACCAGUGUGCGGGGGCGGGAGAAGAGCCAGGGGGAGCGGGCUGGGCCCGGGGCUGCGGCUGCGGCCGCGGGGCUGCGGCUCCCCAGCCCCGCCAGCUGGAGCGCUCGGAGGUAGAGGAAAGGUCUUGACGGGGUGGCUGGAUCCGUGGCAGAAUCCAGUUCCAGAUUCUAGACUUGAGGGUUCUGAGCUGUUGGUCUGUAGAAGCGAAGGAGAGAAGGACUCAAAUCCAGGCCAAGUGUAUGGCUGUCUGAGGUAUUGGAACAGAAGGAGGUCCAUUCCUGUUGGUGACAACACCGUGGCCCUGUUCUGGGAUGAGCGAGGUGUAAAGGUUUCCCCCAAGAAAGAGCAGCUGAGUCCUUGCAUCUUGUGGCAGCUGGUGUGCCCAGCACUGAGUCUGUAGGAGCUGAAGCCAGCCCGGACCCUUCUCAUGGGCAGUGCCCACCUGUGCUGAAGUCCUGCAGCAGUGGCGGUGUGAGGAGCUGUGAAAUUAGUUGUUAACUGAAAAUGUCUGACGGUCUGGAUAAUGAAGAGAAACCCCCAGCUCCUCCACUGAGGAUGAAUAGUAACAACCGGGAUUCUUCAGCACUCAACCACAGCACCAAACCACUUCCCAUGGCCCCUGAAGAGAAGAAUAAGAAAGCCAGGCUUCGCUCUAUCUUCCCAGGAGGAGGGGAUAAAACCAAUAAGAAGAAGGAGAAAGAGCGCCCAGAGAUCUCUCUUCCUUCAGACUUUGAGCAUACGAUUCAUGUGGGGUUUGAUGCAGUCACCGGGGAAUUCACUAACUCCCCUUUCCAGACCUCUAGACCUGUGACGGUCGCUUCAAGUCAAUCAGAGGGAAAAAUGCCAGAUCUCUAUGGCUCACAGAUGUGCCCAGGGAAGCUCCCAGAGGGAAUUCCUGAGCAAUGGGCACGAUUACUCCAAACCUCCAACAUAACAAAAUUGGAACAGAAGAAGAACCCACAAGCUGUUCUAGAUGUUCUCAAAUUCUAUGAUUCCAAAGAAACAGUCAACAACCAGAAAUACAUGAGCUUUACAUCAGGAGAUAAAAGUGCACAUGGAUACAUAGCAGCCCAUCCUUCGAGUACAAAAACAGCAUCUGAGCCUCCAUUGGCCCCUCCUGUGUCUGAAGAAGAAGAUGAAGAGGAAGAAGAAGAAGAAGAUGAAAAUGAGCCACCACCAGUUAUCGCACCAAGACCAGAGCAUACAAAAUCAAUCUACACUCGUUCUGUGGUUGAAUCCAUUGCUUCACCAGCAGCACCAAAUAAAGAGGUCACACCACCCUCUGCUGAAAAUGCCAAUUCCAGUACUUUGUACAGGAACACAGAUCGGCAAAGAAAAAAAUCCAAGAUGACAGAUGAGGAGAUCUUAGAGAAGCUAAGAAGCAUUGUGAGUGUUGGGGACCCAAAGAAAAAAUACACAAGAUUUGAAAAAAUUGGUCAAGGGGCAUCAGGUACUGUUUAUACAGCACUAGACAUUGCAACAGGACAAGAGGUGGCCAUAAAGCAGAUGAAUCUUCAACAGCAACCCAAGAAGGAAUUAAUUAUUAAUGAAAUUCUGGUCAUGAGGGAAAAUAAGAACCCUAAUAUUGUUAAUUAUUUAGAUAGCUACUUGGUGGGUGAUGAACUAUGGGUAGUCAUGGAAUACUUGGCUGGUGGCUCUCUGACUGAUGUGGUCACGGAGACCUGUAUGGAUGAAGGACAGAUAGCAGCUGUCUGCAGAGAGUGCCUGCAAGCUUUGGAUUUCUUGCACUCAAACCAGGUGAUCCAUAGAGAUAUAAAGAGUGACAAUAUUCUUCUCGGGAUGGAUGGCUCUGUUAAAUUGACUGACUUUGGGUUCUGUGCCCAGAUCACUCCUGAGCAAAGUAAACGAAGCACUAUGGUGGGAACCCCAUAUUGGAUGGCACCUGAGGUGGUGACUCGAAAAGCUUAUGGUCCGAAAGUUGAUAUCUGGUCUCUGGGAAUUAUGGCAAUUGAAAUGGUGGAAGGUGAACCCCCUUACCUUAAUGAAAAUCCACUCAGGGCAUUGUAUCUGAUAGCCACUAAUGGAACCCCAGAGCUCCAGAAUCCUGAGAGACUGUCGGCUGUAUUCCGUGACUUUUUAAAUCGCUGUCUUGAGAUGGAUGUGGAUAGGCGAGGAUCUGCCAAGGAGCUUUUGCAGCAUCCAUUUUUAAAAUUAGCCAAGCCUCUCUCCAGCCUGACUCCUCUGAUUAUCGCUGCAAAGGAAGCGAUUAAGAACAGCAGCCGCUAAGACUGCAAGCCUUACACCUCACCAUCUCCCUCAUGAGUAAGACUGAAAUAAAACUCUGCUGCAGGAAAGAUGGAAGAAAAGACAGUCAAAUGGGGUGGGGGUUCUUUACCUUUCAAAUGAAUAGAAACUUCUUAUAAGCCUUUUUCCUACUCCCUCAGAUUAUGUAAUUUAUUUGUAAGCCUGAAUCGCAGCCCAAACAGGGCAGCAAUGUUGAAGUGACCAUAAAGUGGUCACUUCCACCGUGAAGCGAAAGAGCCAGUAGUGAAUCCCCUCAUUUUGUGCAUUCGCUUUGAAGAAAAAGGUUUCUCAAAGAUGCACACUCCCUCUUCAUAGUGUUGUGUUUGUUUUUAAGUUAGAGAGUAGUCCCUCUUGCAUUCAAACCUCCUUCAAAACUCCUUACCCAAUGUGAUGUUUUUCACUUGCAUUGUCAUUAGAUGUCCAGAAAAAAAAGAUGUCAAAAUGUUUUUCUAAAAAAAAAGAAAGCAAAAAAGCAAGGCAAAAAAAACAAACAAACAAAAAAACAAAACAAAAACAAACAAACAAACAAAAAAUACCACAGCAAGUACUGUGUGAACAUGUGGAAGUCCAUGCCCUAAUAGAGUUGCAAUUUUUUAUUCUUCUUCUAUAGUGGUGGCUUGGUUUGUGUACCUAUUUUUCUGCAUUUGUAUUGGAAAAGGUUUCUUUUAAGACAUUUUCCAAAAGUGGAGAGGAAUAUGUGUGUUCAGGAAGGGCUUUUAAAAAACUGUAUAUCUAAAUAAAGCUCAAACGGUGAAAUCCUGUCACAUUUUCACAAUGAUGCUUAAAAGACAGUUGAGUAAACCAGGUUGUUAAUCUCCUUAAUACCUGAAAGAGGACACACUGAAACUGUGACAUCCUGCUAUGUGAGUUCAGGUUCUGAACCUAGGAAAUCCUCAUAGGAGAAACCACAUUUAAACAAAGAUGGGACUUUCUCUGAGAGCCAAAACCAGAUAAAUGUAGAAUACUGAAAUCCUUGUUGGACAUUAAGUAAACAAAGAUAAUGAUACCUAAAUUAAUCCUCUCUUGUGCUUAUGAAACAUAUGCACUGUAAAAUAGGCAUACCAGGAGGAAAUAGAUCUAUUAACCAUCAUUUACUUAUGAUACAAAUUAUUUAUUUUGACAAUUUAUAACGUUUAAAAAAGUUUUUUAAAGAUCUAGAGAAAGGUGAUAUAGUAAACAUUCAACUCUAAGAAAUGGGAGGUCAGUGAAGGCUACAUCCCAAUCAAUAUUUGGCUCUAAGUACUUCUUCCCAUUUUCCCUAUGUAUCACCUAUUUCUGUUUCGGAAUAUGGUGUGUUCAUACUUAGUUCUUUGGGCUUUUGAAUAUCAAAAGCAUAUUCAUAAAGGUCUUGAAAUUCUCUCCAGUGGAAAAUAAUUUUAACUUAACAAUCAUAUCCCAAGAAAUGUCAGUCCAACAGAAUUCCUUAUAUGACUUGGGGAAAAUAACAAAAUUUGACUAUUAUUUCACCAUAUAUCUAUUUAUUAAAAAUUCAACAGUUGGCACUUCCUGAAUCUUCUGAGAGUAGAAAAAUAUCUGCGGAGUGUCUGUGUAGAAAAGGAUAUGCCUCUCUUUUGAGUGUAUUGACAAUUCUGUAAAUUAUAGAAAGUUGUUUCUCUAAGCCUUUGAAAAACUAACAAUUUGUGUUAUAGAAGGCUUCUUAAUUUGUGGUAUAAAAGAAUCUAAACAGAACCUAUGUACAUUCAGCAAGAAGGGGAAAGAGAUCAGUUACAUAGGCCUCUCUCCUUCUUUGCCAAGGUACAUCCAUCCAUCUAACCAUCCAUGUAUCCACAUCUUAAAAUGAAAGCACUUUCUUUAGAGUUUCAGCAAACUAUAUAGUGUAUGUGUUUAUGUUUAGGAGAUGACCCCACUGGUGUAUUUCCUAUUUUCCCUAUUGUUUUCUUUGACUGUAAAAGUUGGGAAAGGCUUGACCUCCUCCCCUUGAAAAUGUCCACAGUGGGAUAAAACAACAAAUGUGAAAAGAAAGUGAAAUGGUAAUAUUAAUUUGAAGCAAACUAUAUUAUACGUUGCAAAAAGGAAUCUGGGCCUGUAAUUUUUAAUACCACACUGCUCUAAUGAGAGAGAGAGGCCUUAAUUUUGAUUUCAUUUAAAAAUAAGUACUUUAAAAAAUUUUUCACUCAUAGUGCCGGGAAAUUCAAUGAAGUCCUGGGAUGCAAAUAAAAAUCAGUACAUUAGUGACUGUGUCCUGCCAGUGGAGAGAGCCCAAAACCUGGUUAGGAAGCCCUAUUCAUGAGUUAGCAUCCCUUACAUGUGGAGAAGGCCUUUUUUUUAUUGUUAUUUUGGAGACCUUGGAGCAGUGACCCUUUAGAUCACUGUAGGCAGAGAAAUGGCUUCUCUCUUAUGCUUUCAGUUCAGCAUAUUAACAAUGAGGAGCCAGGUACUUCUUUACUACCACUUUGUACCAAGAUUUGAUAAUAAUAUAUCCCAGGAGGCAUCACUUUUAUAAAUUUGUAUUUAUGUAAAUUUUCAAAUGAGAACAGUUUCUAAAGCCCCUUCCCUGUAUUGGAGAGUUAUGUAUAUUUCUAAUAAGUAUUAGAAAGAAGCUGUUUCUCAUGCCACAGUGAUGCUGAAGGAUUCACAUUUGGUACAAUCGAGUAACUUGAACUCCAGAUUGUUAACAGUUUAUUCUCUUUCCCUGGAUUUUUUUAGCUCAUCUUGACACGGGUGAGUCUAUCCAAAUCUUUGAUGUUGCUAGUGUGCCCUGAGAUAAUGAGGGCACAUCCUUCAAUGUUGAUUCCAAAAUGUCCCGAGAUAGGAAUAGGGCAGUGGGAAAGUCAGGGAAGGGUGAGAAGCACAGUAGAGAUUAUUUAUUUAAAAAAGGAAAGAACAUUAAUGUUGUUAGCAAGGAUCCAGUGCGUUGUCAUAAUCCCAUGAGGAUUUUCAGAUGACACAAUCCCCUCAAAUCAGUCACCAUGUUGGGUAAUGACUUCGUUCUUGCUGAUCUUGUGUGUGUGUCAUUGUAAAUAUUUGUGUGUCCGUGUUCCAUUUUGGCUACUGGAUGGCCAAGCCAUGUAAGAAGAUUUAACUCAAGUAUUUAUUCUUUAUGUUAUUCAGAUUUCUUUCAGGCUUGUGAACUGCACCCCAAUGUUUGAGUUUAACCACCUGAUCCUUACAUCUAUCCCUCCCCGGUGAAGCACAUUCCAUUGCUAAAAGAAAAAGAAAUAUGAAAUUGCUUCCUGUUGUCUGUAUAACUGUUUUGAUAGUUUGAGAUGUUUGUCUAUAAAUGAUAUUUCUCAGCUCAAAGAUCGUGUAAAUAAUUAUAUUCCUUUGCUCAAUGGGUUGUUUAUUUCUAAUGAGGCUGCCAGUUCUGAGAGAUUCUAUAAUAUCACUUUUAAAUAACAUAAACAGGGAUUACAAUUAUGUAAAAAGAAAUGCAUAUGGACAAAGACUGGGAACACAGAUAAUUGAAAUCAGUUGUGUUAGGGUGGUGGAAUUGUGUGAAUUAUUUUUCUUUUUAAAAUUUUAUUUGAUAUUGUUAUAAUAUUGCUUUAUAAUAAAUAAACAGCAGAAAGGGAACUAUAGACACAUAGGAAAGAUGCCAGAAGCAGAUGCCUUCUGGCCAGAGCCCAGAGCAUGCAGGGCACAGAUAUUUGCUAGUUACAAUUAUUCCGUAGGCUUUAUGCUUGCCUGGGUGCUGAGGUUGGCACACACUCGGGUACGGCACACGCUUUCUUAGGAGACUAUUAUCUAUAAGUUAAAGCUAGGGAGAUGUCACUAUUAGAACUCCAAACACACUCUUCUGCUUUAAAACAGGCUGUCUGCCCUCUGCUUUGGUAUGGCAUUCGGGUGUCUGUUUUGUGGUUGCUUUAGAUUGGAGGGGUGACCAUUUUAUUAGCCCCCUUGAUAACAUCUGUUGCAGAUAUUGCCUUUCUGGAACGUUUUAACAGACUCUCAGGUUGAAUUUUGGAGGAAUAGAAGGAUAAAAUCCCCAGCUCCCACCAUUUUCUUGUCCAACAGGAUAUUACUGUAUAUCAUUCAGGUAGGAUUCUUCUUUUAAUAACCAAUAGGGCAAGUCCCACUAAUUUCAAUAGAAGUUAUGACUUGCAAUUAAAAGCUGACUUUGAAAUCAUUAAACAAAUGUGUAGGACUGUCUCUGCCUGUUGGCAUUCAGUUAUAGUUCUGUUAAUUUUGGCUUGGGAUUGUCUCCAUGUGCUUUUUUCUGCCUAUUUAUAGGUUGUAUGCAGUAGUUGUGAUUUUUAAAGAGCAAGGGAGACCGUCUAACCAAAGGAGAAGAACUUCCUUCUAACUCACCAAAGAAAUUUUAGGUGAGAACUUUAAUAAUGAGGUAGUCACCGCAGAUGUGCUGCUUAGUUUCACUAAAAGCAGACCCUAUACCUAGAGAAGUCACUGGCUUUUUAUUGGUCAUUCUCAAUACAAAAAUACUUAGGGGAGUCUUAACCCUGCCAUCCCCGGUUGAAUCUCUUGGUCUUUAUCUAAGCUACUUGCAGUUAAUAUUCAGUUAAACAAAGGUAUGGCCAGUAGUGCAAGUAUCUCCCAGUCUCUGAGCUCUGAACAAGAGGACUGAAAUUCAGCAUUUGUAAACUGACAGUUUGAUGGGCCUGGGAUUUGAAGUGAACUCAGCACACAAUUCUGAACAUAUAUCUGCAUGUGGACUGGGAAGGAAAUAAAUGGGAACUUGGAAAUAAUGGAAUAUUUCUCCUAUGAAAGAAUUUUUCAUAGAAGAUUUGUUUUUGAUAUAAUCUUUCUGUUGGUUAGCUUUUAGUUUUUUCAUUCCUUUUCUGAUCCACACUCCUUUAGGUGACCAAAUGAAUAUAACCCAACAUGCAUUGGGAAUGUGUUUAAUAUUAAACAAUGUCUAACUGAAUCUGCAAAUGCGGGAACUGAGAUAUCACCUCCAUGUGCACACCUGUGUGUACGAGUAUUCUAUACAACUUGUAGCAUUUACUGCCACUUAAUUGGGUUGAACUUGCAAGAUAAACUUUUAGAAACUGCUUAGGGCCAUCGGAGUCUCCUUUAGAAGCUGCCAUCAGGCAAAUGCUAUCCCAUAAUACCAGCAGUAAGGCAGGCACCAUGUUCAACAGAUUUAGUACGCAAGAGGAAAUCAACAGCGAUAGUAGAGAAUGAGUCAGAUGUAGUGGAAUAAAUACUAGCCUAGGAAGAAGGAGCCCUGGAGUCUAAUAUGAGCUUUAUUACUAAAUUGCUAUGUGACCUUAGGCAAGUCACUUAACCUCUCCAUGGCUGUUUCCUCAUCUGUAAAAUAAAUGUAUUGGACUAGAUGAUCAUUAGGGUCUUUCCAAAAGUCUAACAUUCUACGGCAUUAUAGGUUGCCUUGCAAAUUCAGCCUGCUAUAGUGAUGGCAAAUAUCACAUGUUUAAGCCUGAGUCUCUUAUGUUGCAGUUAAAUAAAAGAACUAUGUAAGAUGAUUUUUAAAAUUCAAGCAAAUGGGCCAGGUGCGGUGGCUCAUGCCUGUAAUCCCAGCACUUUGGGAGGCCAAGGCAGGCGGAUCACCUGAGGUCGGGAGUUCGAGACCAGCCUGACCAACAUAGAGAAACCCCAUCUCUACUAAAAAUACAAAAUUAGCUGGGUGUGGUGGCGGGCGCCUGUAAUUCCAGCUACUCGGGAGGCUGAGGUGGGAGAAUCACUUGAACCCGUGAGGCGGAGAUUGUGGUGAGCUGAGAUCAUGCCAUUGCACUCCAGCCUCGGCAACAAGAGAGAAACUUCGUCUCAAAAAAAAAAAAAAUCAACUAAAUGAAGUUCAUAAUAAUAGGGGAUGUUGAUAAAACUUGUGGCAGCCUUCUAAUUCAUUUACAGUUGUUUCGUUUUGUUUUUGUUUUAAUGUCCGUUUUCUGUUGACUGUUCCCAGUUUUCAUUUUCCAUACAAUCUCUAUGUAAAGUCUGGUUUUCAUUAAGCUGUGGCCAGUAUUUGCCACUACAACAGAAACACACUGUCACACUUGCUAGAAUAUAACUGUACUUGGGCUUCUCCUUUCCUGUGAAGUAGUGCUGGGCUUUCUAGAGUUUAAUUCUCAAGUGGCACAAGAUAGCAGAGCCCAUGCAUUUUAAUGGCUGAGACUGCUAAGAGUGAACCUAAACACUUACAAGUUGCAGAGAGAAAUGAAAAAGUAAUUACAUGCUAUUAGCAUUGAGAAGUGUUGACAAAUUAUUUUGUUGGGAACCAAAGAUGGCAUUUCUGAUGACAACUCCCACAGUGAUUGGCCAGUUGUAUGAUGAGUACACUGCUGGAAAGAGGGUAAACUGGGAGUUAGUUAGUGGAUGGUCCCAAUGCCCUGCCUACAGCAGAGUGCCAACCAGCCCUGAGUGCAAAAUUCAAGUUCAAUGUGUGUGCUUGUGUGUGGUGUGCUUUAUGGACCCGCAAAUACCAUAUUCAUUAUUGAUGAUAAGAUCUUCACAGAAUCCUGUAACUACUAAUGCAUUGAGUUUUUAAUCUCAGUACAUCUACAUCAGCCAGGAGGAGCCAGAUCACAGUGUAGUGACGUCUACUGGGAUUAUACUCAUGACAUCUAUACAAAACAAAUUGAGAAGGAUCCACAUUUUCAUUGUUCAUCAGAAUUGUAUCUCAUUUGGCUGAGCAUUACUUCUGUCAAAAUGUGUUAUCUGUAAACCAUGUGUAGUGAAAUUCUUCUGUAACUUUGGAUUAAAGGUAUUUAUGGUCUUUUUGUUUGUUUGAUUUUUAAGUAAGUUAUUUCUUUUGUAGACCUGCUGAUGGUAUGGUUCCAUCCUUCUGACCUCAGCAUCCAAUCUUUUUAAGGAUUUUUGUUUUCAAUAUUGUUAUUUUAAAUUGUGGUUGAAGCAAUAGAAAAUUGAAAUAUGGAUUGUGCAUGACUGUGUCUUGAGUGUAAAAAUAUUGCAGUUUGAAACUUGGACCUAAAGUAUUGCAAAUAAAAAUGACAAACAUCAA